AAAGUGUUAGCAAUAGUAAAAUGUUUUAUGAUGUGAUUUAUUUUGUGAGAAUAAUGUUUAAGUGUUCUUCUACAGUGGGAGCUGACAUGUUUCCUUAGCGCGACUGGCAGAGAGAAAAACUGUUUAAUAGGCAGAACUGGCCCAUAAUAGGGGACCAAAGUAGCUGGUGUUAACUAGCUAGCUAAUGUUGCCAGCGUUUCUUUUUUAACCAGUAGCUAACAUUAUCUAGCUAUCUAAUGUUCCCAGUGUUUUUUUUAACCAAGUAGCUAAUGUUCUCUAGCUAGCCAAUGUUCACAGUGCUUUUUUUAACGAAGUAUCUAAUGUUACCUUGCUGGCUAAUGUUGCCAAUGUUUUUGUCCUGUCACCUAGUGUGGACUUUUUAAGAGGGAUCUUGCAACACAGUAGCGAUAGCAGCGAGUGUGGUGGCUGAGCUGUGAGAGCAGCUCUUAACAGAAGAGGAAAAUACAGGCAGUUGCGUAGAAGAUGCUUCUGCUACUUUUAAGUUAUAUGUCUGGCUGCAUUUUGGCUCCAGUGGAAACAAUAAACGAUAGCAGAGUGACCAACAAGACACAAACCAUAUAUAAAUACUAUGAAGUUGGGCUUCGACCAGAUGCUAUGAUACGCCACCGUUUACUAAAUUGAUUUAGUAAACAAAUCAGUUAAGCCAUUGAUGUGGAGCUGCAGUCUUUCUGGGAUCUAGUGAGACCAGAAAAGAAUCAAGACUGUUUGUCUAAACAGUGGGCAGUCUUUAUAAAGGCAGUAAACAGGCUUCAGCCUGAUUAUUGCAAGUGGUAAAAUGUGGGCUACCUCUAGUGGCUGGAGGACAACCAGCACCCCUUUUACACUAAGGACUUAGAAGUGGGAAAAAUACUGAAACAUUUGUGAAAUGAAAUUAUUCUCCUGAACUUCUUCACCAACAACCAGGAUAUUUAACUAAGAGCAAUGUUAAACUGCUAAAAGAGUUGAAGAACAAGCCGUCCUGAAGAGCCUCCAGAACACGCAGACAUUGUUUGAUACAUUUAACAGACAAAUGAAGCCAAGUCCCGACAUGGAGAAACAUCAGCACUCUGUCAAGAGUUUUACUAAACAGAGUAAUCUCAAAAAACACCAGCGCAUUCACACAGGAGAGAAACCGUAUCACUGCUCAGACUGUGGGAAGAGUUUUACUAAACAGAGUAAUCUCAAAAACCACCAGCGCAUUCACACAGGAGAGAAACCAUAUUGCUGCUCAGACUGUGGGAAGAGAUUUACUGCAAAGAGUAAUCUCAAAAUUCACCAGCGCAUUCACACAGGAGAGAAACCGUAUCACUGCUCAGACUGUGGGAAGAGUUUUACUCUACAGAGUAAUCUCAAAAUACAUCAGCGCAUUCACACAGGAGAGAAACCGUAUCACUGCUCAGACUGUGGGAAGAGUUUUACUCUACAGAGUACUCUCCAAAUACACCAGCGCAUUCACACUGGAGAGAAACCGUAUUACUGCUCAGACUGUGGGAAGAGUUUUACUCAACAGAGUACUCUCCAAAUACACCAGCGCAUUCACACUGGAGAGAAACCGUAUUACUGCUCAGACUGUGGGAAGAGUUUUGCUCAACAGAGUAAUCUUCGAAAACACCAGUGCAUUCACACAGGAGAGAAAACUCCAUCUCAAAUCAGUUAGAAGGCAAUUAAAAGUGCAAAUCGUAAGUCUUUCAGACAGAACACCUUAUCCUACACAAAUGUAUUACUUGUGUCACUUGGGACACGUUCCACCAGAAAAAAAACAUGAACUGAAUUUAAUAAUGGAUUUUACAGGUUCAGCAAAAUGAAUCUCAUCCAGCGAUCAUGUUUACUGAAUUCCAUGUUAUGUUUUCUUAUAUGUUCGAUAUUCCAGGAUAUUCUUUGUGAGACAGAGCUGAGUUUUUAGGGUGGUUACGGUAGGAGUUCAGUUCUGAAGAAUGGAAAAAACGUAGUCUUUAAAAUUUAGAUGUCAUAGUGAGUAGGGUUCUUAGCUGGCAACUAAAUGAUUAGGACCAAACCUUCAGAGCUUAUGAUUUUAAUGCUUUUAAUCUCCUUUCUAGUAUAUGCAGAUUUGAUUAUUUCUAUUAAUUUCUAGUAUCUGUGUUUUUACUCUGUGGAAGCCGUACAAAGUUCCCCGAGCUUAGCAUAGCUUAGCUUAAUACUAUUAACUGCUAGUCCCAUCUGUAUGAAAGAAGAAGUAAAAACACCACCUGAGGAACUCCAGAGAGAGUGCUCCCAAAAGUGAGACCCAGAGCCACAGAGAGACGACACUGUGCCGGGUACUGCCGUGUGGACCGGAGGAGUAUCCAGACUCUGCAGAGAGGCCAUCUAAAUCCUUUCCAGAGGUUAAAUAAAACGCUCCAGCUGUAGUUCUCAUACUAAAAUCAACCUCCUCCAGGCUUGUGUAGCGCAGUAAGGUUGUGGGCUCAUUCAUUCCCUUUGCUGGUGUUCUCAUUUGUCUAUGGUUCAGUCUUUCUAAUUAAAGAUCUGUUACCAUAGAGGGAUAUUUGGUUGUUGUAUUAUUCACGUUUUAUGCUCUCUUAUCUUUUCCUUAUUGUAUAUUAUAUGAUGCUUAAGGUUUUUAAUCUCCAAAAUGUACUAAGAAUAUCCAAAUCAUGUAGUUUCUUAAUUGUUUUUAUCCACUACAAUUGCUUCACCUCUAUAUUUACUCAUCUGUGUGUUUUAAUAAACGGCUUUUAGAUUGCA